AAUAUGAUAUAUAUUUUAAAUACUUUACUGAGAUUUUUUUAGUAUUUCAUAAAUUUAUUGAAAAAUAUAUUUAAAAAUAUUUACAAAAUCAAAAAAGUAUAUGGAACCAUUAUUGUUUUUAGAUCCCCAAUCCAGUAUAUGAAUAAUAAAUAUAAACCGAAAUGACUAGAAUUAUUUAAGUAAAGUUAUUUCUAUUAAUGCUAUAAUAACAUAUAGGAAGUGUGUAUAAUGAAAACAAAAUAAAUGUGACCAAGGAAAAAAUGAUUUUGGUUUCCAAUCACAAACGAUUAAAAAAUAUGAAACUAAUCAAGAAAUGUCAUUUAUGUUAAAUUUUUAGAAGCAAAAUUAAUCCAUUAUAUUUUGUAUUUGGUUGAACCGGGUUUUGUGAUUAGUCUGCUGGUUUUGUGCCGAUUUUGGUUGUUUAAUUUAAAUCUGAGUUUUAAUUCAGCUUGGACUUGGUUUACUGAUUCACUAUUGAACUGGUCUGACCGGCCAGUCCGAUUUGGCUUUCAAAACACUACCUAAUAUAGUAUUUUCCAUAUAUAUAAUAAAUAGAUGUUAAAAACAUAGAGUUAAAUUAUGUUUUAGAUUUUAUAUAAUUAAACUAUGUAUGUUAUACGGUGUCAAGUAUAGAAACCAGUUAAUAUAUAUAUAUAUAUAUACGCUGUUAAGUAUAGACAUAUGAUAUGGUUAUUAUUCUUUUGACUAAGAUGAUAGUCUAUUUAUUAUUUUUGUAUUUGUAUUCGUAUCAUUAUCAAAUUUGUCUAUCAGAUUACUUUAUAUGUAUCUUUUUUUAGCCUCUUUACCAAAUUGCAUGGUGAAUAUUUUAUUGUCUUUCAUUUCGUACUGGAAAUUUAAUCAUUUUGAUUUGACUUGUUUGAUAUGAAAUGUUUGUAAAUUUGUAGUGAAAGCAAUAACUUAGAUGACAGAUCGCUAUCGAUCACGAGAAAUGGUAUGGCCAGAGCAAAGACUUUAAGAAUGGACCAUAAAUUUUGGAAGUGUUACUUUCUUUCUAGUAAUUAUUAUAGACCUCAACCAGAAUUUACUAAAAACAGAAUGACUAAAAUGUUGGUACAAUUGUUUUGUUUUUAGAAGGGAUAAUUGUCAUUAGGCCUAAUUCUGAUGCAAGCUGCAAAACGAAUUCCAAAAGCCUAAUUUGCGUCUCGUGAUUGGUUUUAUAUGAAUAAAAUGAAGAGAAAAUCAUAAAAAUAACUUCAAAAUUUUCGUACGAGUAUGUCUUAUACUCACACCGGACUUGGUCGUCUCUAUCGUAAAUUUUCUUAAAUCAAGACUGAUUAAACAAAUAUGUAAAUAUCAAGGCAGAUAUAAUGAGUAUUGUAAGUGUUGUAGCCAUAUACAUUUUGUUUAGUUUGUCAAAAGUGAGUAGGUUUAUCAAACUUUUGCUGAAUUUUCCAAAACUUAGCACAGAGUUGAUCCUGAGAAUUUGUCAAUUUGAAGGCCGAAGACCAAAAUGAUAAUUAAACCCUUCUUUUUUUGCUAAAUGAUGAUUAAACACUAAACCCCACUAAUUAAAAGAUUUUAUGUUAAUCUAAAACAUGAGAAAGUCUAAUUGUUACAUCUAUACUAUUAAAAGAGAAGAAGUUUUGAAAAAUCUACCUAUGAAAAGUUGUUGGACCUUUUCAUUAGACUUAACUAUUUUUUUUGUCUCACCUUAUAUUUCUCUAAUUAUCUCUAACUAUUAAGAUCUUACCAUAUAUUUCUCUAACUAUAAAAAAUCUACCUACUCAUUAUUAAUUAUUUCUAUUAUAUAUAACCAAAGUUUAUAAGUACGUUUAUAUUCUUACGUUCUCUUUCAGCAGAUACAAACUUUUCAUUCAGCCAAAAAUACCUACAAGAAACAGACUCACAAAAUAAAUAUUUAUUGCUUCACUGUGUCUAUAUUAAUAAUUCUUUGAAGCUUGGUGUUACAAAAUAAAUAUCUACACGACUUCAAAUGGUAAAGGCGAUGAUUCUGAUAAUGGCAUCAUGUACUUGGUGCUUUGAAAAUGUUAUCAUUUACGAAACUAUAUACUCUUCAUGGAUUAUCGGUUUAGGUAGAAAAAUGGUUCUAUAUAUUUUUAAACUUUCACAUAUCAAUAUUUGGUGAAUCUUAAAUAUGUAUUAUAAUUAAUUAAAAUAUAAAAAAUAACAUUUUAAUAAAUUUUCUAUUUUUCAACUUAACAACUUUAAAAUAUCCAAAUAUUUUUAUGUCAUUUUGUUCAUUCAAAAUAUCUAAGUCAAAUAAUUAGCUCAAAAUAUAGUAAUAUACUAAAUCAUUUUCUAGAUUUUUCAUUAGAUAGUAGAUCAACAAUUGUCAAAUACGGAAAUUCAUCGUUACGGGUGAUACUUUAUUUACAUUCUAAUAUAUUGAAUCAGUUAUAACAAAUAAAUGCAUAAAUUUAUUUAUGGAACUUGAAAACAUAUUUUAUUGACGAGAGAUUUAGUUGGAAUUGCACAUCAAAUCUUUACUAUUAAAAAGGAAAAGAUUUUUAAAAAAAUCUACUUAUACAAAGUUGUUAGACUAUUUCAUUAGACUUAACUAUUUUUUUUGGUUUUACCUUAUAUUUUUCUAACUAGAAAAACACUUUACAUAUUUUUUUCUAAUUUAAAUGAACUCAUUUAUUAUUCUCCUAUAAUCUGUUAUAUAAUUACUCUAACAAUAAAUUCCUAUGAAUAUAGACAGAUUAUUCGAACAUGUUUAUACAUAACGUGAUCAUUACCACAUAUAGUUCAAUUAUUCGUAUAAAAUUUUCAAUGGCUUAGUUAUGUUUAAUAUAGGUUUUAAUGGAGAAUCCUCUGGUUUGUAACAAUUUUUUUUCAUUUUUCAGUUCGGUUUAUAUUUUUCGGUUCAAAAAAUAUAUGAUAUGCUCAGUUAUUUAUAAAAAUUCAGCUUAAUUUUAGUUUUUUUUUCCAGUUUGGUACGGUUCAGUGCACGCGGGUAAAUAUACUCAAACCUAUAAAAUAUCUUAUAUAGAUAUUGUAUAAGAAGAAUUUAUUUAAUUUCAAAAAUAAAUUCGCGCUUUCUAAGCGCGGGUCAAAAUCUAGUUUCCUUUAAUUACAAACUUCACCACUAAACUACAAGAAGAUUUUAUAAGAUAUUUAUAAGGAAAUUUCAAAGAUAGUUUCUCCUAUUUUUGAUUUUUUUUCUUUUAAUUGUAAGAUAUUUAUAAGGAAAACUUUUGAAUAGAGAUACUUUUAGGCUUGGGUCCUUUUAUUUAUUAAUUUUAUCUGCUGCCAAAUUAAUAAAAUCUUCUUCUAGUUUAUUUAAAAUCUUCUUGACAUAAAAAAAACUACAAGAAGAUUUUAUAAUUAUUUUGGCAGCAGAUAAAAUUAAUAAAUAAAAGGACCCAAGCCUAAAAGUAUAUCUCUUCGAAAGUUUUCCUUAUAAAUAUCUUACAAUUAAAAGAAGAAGAAAAUCAAAAAUAGGAGAAACUAUUUUAGUGAAUAAAUAUCUAAGUACUUGAUAUAUUCCAUCGUUAAAAUAAUCUUUCGUUUUUAUUUUCACUUAUUUGUGAGAUAUUUUUGCUUGGGUUGAGGUUGUUGUUUUAAGUCAUGUCAAAAUAUAGUACAAGUAUGUGUAGAGUUGUCUUUUGGGACACUUCUAAUUUUAGAAUUACACUUAGCUUUCUUAUUGUCCUUUUUGGAAUUAGCAAGAUCUUUUUUAAGAAAAUUAUCAUCAAAACUGUUAUGAAAAAAAAAUUGUGGCAAAAAUUAGUUCCUAAGCAUAAUAAUAUAGUAAAGACGAAAUUAAAGUUUUUUAUAACAAAGUAUUGAGACAAUGCCUAAAUAAUUUUAUGUGUAAUGAUACUAACGAAUAGUCUAAUUUUGGAUUUUCUAAUUUUAGCAACUUAGUUACUAACUGGAAAUUAACUAAUUAAGUUACUUUAGUCAAAUUAUAUGGGAUUUGGCCAUUUGGGUUAUAUAUACGAACAACUUUUCCAAAGGCCGACAAAGAAUUUCUGUAAGGCAACAUGUUUUGCUUUUGUAUUACUUUUUCUCAUCUUAGAGCAACACCAACUGAAAGAACUCCCUUAUUUAACUAAUUAAAACUAAAUAUUAAAAUUUAGUUCUCAAAAUACAAAAUACAAAAUACAAAAUAUUAGUUUAACAAAAUUUAUUUAACUAAUUAAAAUUUGUUUAUUUAUUUAAAGUUCAGCCAAUACAAAACCAGCAUGUGAACUAUGAAUUCUUACCCAACUAAAUCUCUUAUUUAAAAACUUUUGAACAUUUUCUCUCUUUAAUUUUAAUCACAAGAAAGAAACUCAAUAAAAGCUUCCUGUUCAAACUGCUUAUAUAAUCUUUUUAAUACCUUUCAUCUUACAGUUUAUUUAUGUUUUCGGACGCCUUUGUCUACAGAUAGUUGUUGAAUAGUAAAUAGAACGGAUUAAAUGGCAAACAGACUAAUCGUCAUUUGCAAAAUAUUUAAAAAAAAAUUGCUUAUAUAUCAUUAUUACGUUCAUUCUUUUAUUAAAUGACCCGAUUUACUAAAAAGUAUAAUAUGAAUUCCAUCAUAUUAUGAAAUACUCCAACUUUAAUGAUAACUAGACCCUGAUCCGCGCACCAGCGCGGAUAUGAAGUUUUGGUUUUUGGUUACUUAUUUAACUAAAUGACGUAUUUGUAAUAUUUGAUGUAUUAUAUUCACCAAGUAAAUAUUUUUUUUGGCGUCUUAAACCAUCUAUUUAUGACGAAUAUUUGAUAACAUAUAAAAAAUUGAACAAAUACAACGUAAUUAGAGAAUUGAAGAUGAUAUAUAAAAACAAUGGUUAUUAAUGUAAAAUAUGAAAAAAUAUUAUAUUAUGACUUAGUAAGGCAUAAAAGAUUAUAAAUUAGUUAUACAUGUUUAAAGAAAAUACAAUGAUUUUUAAACUUCUAUGAAAAAUUUAACAUAUAAAAAAAGGCGAUGAAUUGGUUAUCAAAUUGUAAAUAACUUCAUAAUUUUAUUAAUAAUAAAUUAUUUAUAGUUUUUGUUUUGCGUCAAGAUAAUUAUUAAAUGUUCAUAACAUUAAUAUGUUAAAAGACCAUAUUAUGAAAGCCUAUAUUGUAACCGUUUUUUUCGGGAAGUGUAACAAAAAAUUGUUUUUAACUCUUCGUUUUGUUUAAGUUUUGUGUCGGUAAAAAAUAAAAAAAAAUUAUCUAUCUUUUUUAAUGUUCAAUCUCAAGCUUAUUAUGUGAAAAUCAUACGCAAAUAUAGACAAUUGGGUUGAAUCUCUAUAUUUUUAUAUUCUUACAAAAUUUAAAUUUAUUGUUUCUUCUUCUGCAAGUAAAUCAAUUACCGAAGUAAUAGACCAAUUGGUUGGAAUCAAAUCUAUUCUUAUAAAUAGUGUAAUUUUGGUUACAGUUUAUAUAUUUAAUAGGUACAUUAAAGAUACGACAUUGAAGAUAUUUUGUUUUGAUUAAUAAAAUAUAUUAGAUUUUGAGUUUGUAUUUAUUGAUUUGUUUUUUAUAAAGCUUAGAAAAUCAAUAGGAUGAUUGGUUGGUUGAUACAUCCUAUAAAGAAAACGAAAACUAUAGGUGGUUUGAAUGUUGUACAUCGAUCAAUGCAUGAUGUAAGUUGACUCUUUAAAACUUGAGCAUGAUCAUUUCAAACUAAAGUAUAGGUAGGUUAUAUGCAUUUGUUAUAUUGUAGUUAAUAUAUUUUAAAUAUUACAUACGUAAAAUGAUUCACGUUUUCGUAAAAAUCAAAUUCAAGUUCAUUAUUGGGUUGUACUCGUCUGUAAUAAACUAUGUUAAAUAUGUUGUAUUUGUAGGUUCAUUUAAUGACAUUAAGUUUAAUUUGAUUAAAGAAAAUUCAUUAAUUUAACUGAAAAAGACAAGCAUUAAUAUAGAUAGGUUCAUUUAAUGACAUUAAAUUUAAAUUUAAUUAAGAAAAACUCAUUAAUUUAACUAGAAAAGACAAACAUUAAAAUAGGUAGUUUAAUUUAAUUCUCUGUAUCAUGGAAGUGUAAAUAAGUUAGAAAACUUAGGAGUAUUUUUAAUGUGUACUUCUCUUUUAAUAAUAUAGAUUAUUUGGUAAAAACCUAAAAUACGAUAGUAGGAAAAUCAAGUUUAACAAUUUUUUUAUAUAUUUUUGGGAAGAUUACAAAAAGAAUAGAAUCGAUGAGUUUGGUUACAUAUCAAAAGUGUAAGUAAAAAUAUAUAAUUACACUUAAAUACAAAAAUUUAAUAUAAAUACAAGUGUAAGAAAUUUUUUGUUUUAACUUGGGAUAAAAGCUAACAAUUUUUAUAUAAAUAUAUAUCUUUUUCGAAAUAAGAACAUUUUCAAUAAAAUUCAAAAUUUAUGUAUAUUUAAAUAUCCCCAGACAUUAUCUCUAAAGUAAUUUAAAAAAAAAAAUUUGUGUCAUCACCACAUCCAUUCUUAUGAAAACAGUAUUACAUUGCUUAAUGAAAAAUGUGACAUGGUUUCCAUCACAUUAUGAAAGUACAAAUUUUAAUGAUAUAUUUUUGGCAAAAUUUCUAAAAUAAGGUAAUAGCUAAAUUUGGCUUAAUGAUAAAAAAAAUGUUUUCGUAAGAAUCCUAAAAAGAGAUAAUAGGUAAAUUUGGUUACGUAACAAAUGAGUAAUUAAAAAUACAUAAUGAUUGAUAAAAUACUAAAAAUUAAUAGAAAUAAAUUUAGAAUAAAUUUUCCAUUUUAACUUAGAUAAAAUUUAACAAUUUUUUAUAAAUAACUAAGAAAAAGUUAGAUUCAAAAAAAUAUUAUAUAAAUACGAUCAAUCGAGUUUCUAACAAUUUAAAAUUAUUAAAUUUAUUCAUAAAUAUAGAGAUGUAGCGGGUCGCGAUCACAGGUGAAGCAAGGUAGAAGACUGUGGGUGCAUGUGCACUACUAAUUUUUCAGUUUCUGAUCAUAUUAUAAGAGAAAAUGAAAAUAAAUUAUUAUUCCAACGGUUGACUUCAUUUCUAUCUUCAAAAGUUUACUUUCUUCAAAAUGAAGAAAAAAAUAAAGCAACAUUUACUCGAGUGGUUUGCUUCAGUUUUUUCUUGUAAAAUGAAUAUUUCAAAUAUAUUUCAUCUCCAAUUUAUCAUUAAUUACUAGUAAAUACUUAUAUUUAAUAUAUUUACUUACUUUACCUAACUAUUUUGUUUUUACAAUAAUCCAACAUAAUUAUUAAUUAAUAUAAAUUAAAAAAUUUCAUAUAAUAAAUUUAUUACAUAACAAGAAUAAACAAACACAAAAUAUCAUAGUUUGUAAGAAAGCGCCAUAUAUAUAAUUUUUCUAUAAGUGAUUAACAAAAGUGUUUAGAAGUAAGAGAUACGAUUAUUUAUCUUUGAUUCUUUUUAAUCAAGUUGAAAGUUCUUAAAAAUGAAUAUUCAUAUGGUCUUUGAUAUAAACAUCUGAUUAUAUGAAAAUAAUAGUCAAAAUUUUGAAAUUGAUUGGAUAAUAUUAACGUAUAUAAUUAUUUUUGGCAAAAUAUAAGAAUAAGUAAAAAUUAAGGUCGAAUUCACAAUAUAAAAAGUUCAUCUUAAAAAAAUAAAAUAUGUACGAUAGAUCUUCAAAUUUGAAGCAACAUUGUUCACUAUUUCAUUUUGAAGCAAGAAAUGAAGUAGAGUUGGAGCAAAUAUCACUUCAAAAUGAAGCAUAAAGUAGAAAAUGAAGUGGGGUUGGAAAUGGUCUUAGAGUUACACUCAUUCAUCCAUAUUGUAAGAGAGUGUUAUUCAAUCAAUGAUUUAAAAUCAUUAUCAGUGUUUUAUGAACCAACACAUUUUAAAUUUUAUGAUAGUUUAAGUUAGUGAAUUCUAAAAUCUUUACAAUAUUCCUUGAAUUUUAAUUACAAUCAUUUAUUCAUGAGACUUCACAACAAAUGAUUUGAAAUUAAUUUUAAAUACAAUUUUUUUUUAUAAAGUUAAAUAAGACUAGAUUUCAAAUAUUGGAUUUAAAUCAUUUAUUGAAUACUAUUUUAACUAAGAUAUAUAAAUAUUAAAUCCAAUAACAAUAGAUUAUAAAACAGAAUUUAGAAUCAUCAUUUGAAUAACGGUAAAUUGUGUUUUGGAUUUAAACUCCAGUAAAAUAAUUGAACAACACCUCCAAGCUUUGUGCACCCAAUAAAAUCAACAUUAUACGUCACUGGUCGCGGUACAUAUCAAUUCAUCUGUUCUCAACAAAUUUAAAAUAAUUUUUUUUUUGACAUUUUAAUAUGGAUAAUAGUUCGCUAAAUCCAUACGUGUACAAUCCAUCCAAAAUAUAUGAAAAUAGAUUUAAUUCCAUAUCAAUGAGACAAUCAGACAAAAACAAUGAUCUAAAGGUCCAUGUUAGGACUUUGUCAAAAAAAAAGGUCCAUGUUAGGAAUUCUACAUCAGAAAUAAGAAGGGAGCAACAAUACUAUACAGAAUUAUUUAUCAUUUGGUAUUGAAUUAAGAACCUAUGAUUCCUUAUCCUCACAAGUACUAAUGAUGUCCAAUACAAAUGUUAAGUUCUUACGGCAAGCUAAUACUAUCUACUACGUACAUAUAUGUGGGCGCAUCUAUAUUAAAGGAUUUAAUAAAAAUAUUUGGAAUUUUUUUUAUUAACUUGGAGAUAUCCCAAACCUAUAGAAGAAUUCAGACUAAUUCCAAAUAGAUAUGGUAGGUGCAGUUCACGAAAUGGCUACUCUUUCCGGAUAUUCAAAUUGACCCUAAAAAUUAUUUGGAAGUUAGGACAAAUCAUUACUUAUUAUUACGUGUGUCGUGGGCACAUAAUCAACUCAUGUCUCUGCAUGGGUGGGGAAUGUAAACCGGAAUCCAUACAAUGUGGUGUCAUCAUAUGAUCAUAUCAUAUAGUAUAUUCCACGGAGUAAAAACUUGCAUUGAUUUGGAGUGUCAUGAAAGAGCAAAUCAUUUUAAAAGUGUACAAAGACCAGGUCCAUUUGAACACACGGGCCUAACUAAUUAAGGUGGAACACGGAUCCGCAUUGAUUAUGUUGAAAGCUUGCUUUAUAGUAUAAUUUAUUACAACUGCGAUGAGAUUUUUUGUUUUUUAUUUUGGUUAAAAAAUCUAUCUCUUCGGUGAGAUCAUGUUUCUCCAAUCGAUAUCUCUUGUAUCCUCUUUGUUCAUAGUUGAUCAGCGUGUGUUGCAUGUUUUCCAAACGUAUGUAUGGCUAAUCUGAUUGUUUUUAAGACCCGUGAUGAUUUCAAAAUGUGUAUGCAAAUUGUUUUCGCAUCAAAGAUUUUGUAAGAAUCAAAGGUUUUGUAAAAAGCUAUGUUAUCAUGAUAAAAGAAACAGCAUUAAAUAUACCAUAUUGCUACUUUAAUUAUUAUUUUUGAAUGAACAUCUGCUACUUGAAUUCGUCUGAGAUAUAAACUAGUGUUGUUUGCUUUUCUUUUUUGUUCAACAAUAAACUAGUGUUGUUUUCUAGAAACAUGUUAAUACGUUAGCAAGAGACGUUUGUCAGUUAAUUAUGAAUGUCUGAAUGAUUUUUCUGUUGCACGACCAAAUUUACAUUAUUUCUCUCUCUCUCUUCAAAAUAUGCUUCGUGCUUGACUGCUGAGUAAUGGGUAGCUGCAUCUUAUGGAAGGACUCAAGAUCCUGAGUUUUAAUUUGAAAUCGAACUUGGAACUUUUCGUAGCGUAAUCCUAAUUGGACUGGAAUACCCUAACGGAGAUGAUAGACUAGUCACUGGUUGGCACGUAAAUCUGAACAUAUUUUCGUACAUAUACAAACGUAUAUUUGCAAGUAGCCAUUCUUACGAAUUUGGAUUCUAAAGUUACUUCUAUAUCACUAAUCACCAUUUGCAGAAUUCUUCGUACAUUAAGCUAUGAAUUUUUCCGAGUGUUCCACCAAAACAUUUUUCUUCAGUUUAUAGAUAAGCUUAUAUCUUUACAGUCAACUUGGUAUAUAAAUAAAUGAAGAAACUAUAUAUUCAAGACAAAAAAUGUUAUCCAGGAAAUAUUAAGAGCUGGCAUGUUUCUUUAGUUGAAAAGAGCUUGCAUGUAGUUAACUGAAAAUGAUCUCUUCGUCAGAAAUUCACCAUUCAAAAAAUUUAUUCGAGCAUACUAUGUUCCAAAUUUUCUGCUGAUCGAAACUCUAACAGAAUUUUUAACACACAAAAAUAAGCACAAUUGUUAAUUUAGUUGAUACUUAACGAAGAGGAGUCAUGAUAAUAUGGUCCCAUUGGCUUUUUGCUUUUCAAGAAGUAACAAUGGAGGAGGUGAAAAGUUCUAUUGACAACCCAUAAAGUAACCCCAAAAAAAUUGUUAACCAUUUAGAUAUUAAAAACUGACAUUGUCUCUACGUCGUCAUCUUCAUAAAAAGCAUUACAUAUCCCAUGCCCACAUGGGAGGGUAAGCCUUUAACAUUCUCUCUACUUGACGCUAUCAUCCAUUUAAAUAAUGUUAAUUCCCGAGAAUUUUUCGAAGAGUUUUCUUAUUAGUUAUUGAAAAUUUUAUCAUGCAAAAUAUACUUCUCAGAUUUUUUUGGGGGUACAUUGCCGAGAUUUGCUCGGAAUUUUCGGAAAACUAGAGUCCUAAUUCUCAUUGGAAGUGAGAAGUUUUCGUGUAGUGAUCAUUUGGUAACAUUUCUGUCCAAAUUUCCGAUCGAAGUUUUUAGUCUAAUAGUUCGUAAUAAUGUUGCUACAUUGUCAUAAUAUGGAUUUAGACAAUGAAAAACAUAUACACAUAUCCAAAUAAUAAUGAGGAGUAAUUUGUGGAGAAGAAGAUUCUGUGAUAUGAAAUAAUAAUGACUUCGAUUUGUUUUGUUGUGAAAUAGGAUGUUUUUUGUUUCUUUUCCAAAUAUCUGUGGGCUCUAAGUUUCAACCCCGUUUCCUUUAGGUCACAUGUAUGUAGAUUGUAGAUGUAUAUGUAUGCAUAUACUUAAAGAAAGAGAACUGAAAAAGAAGAUGAGUGUAUGCAAAGAAGAUUAAACAAUCGAAAACCAUACAAUGCCUUCUCCAGGUAAGGUGCGAGGUCAAUGAAACAAUUAACAUAAAGAAGAAACCUUUUUCCAGGAAAAUAAGAAAAAGAGAGGAAGCAAAGGCAAAAAAGAAAACUUUUAGGCCUCGGAAAAGAGAGCUGAAACAAAAGUUGAUUUCAGAAAGCAAAACCCUUUGUUUCUCCCUCUUAACUCAUCUCCCUUUCUUCCUCUAUUAGAUAAAGCUGAGACAGCACUAUCCACCAAAUAAAGAGAAAACCUCUAAUCUUCACAUGAAAAAACAAAAGAUUCUUCGAUUUUGCUUUUCUUUUUCAGUAGUCACACAGUAAUAGAGGUACACUUCUUCCAAUACCACAACCGUAUAGAAAAACAAAAAGAGAUUAUUAUAAACCACAUCCGAUGAUAGACUUCGAGAAAAACAUCAACCAUCCCUCUUCAUCUUCCUCCGAUCUCCUCCUUGCCAUCAAUGGAACCACAGUGAACAACAAGAGGAAACGGAGACCAGCAGGGACACCAGAUCCAGAUGCAGAGGUUGUAUCUUUAUCUCCACGAACGUUGCUAGAGUCAGAUCGGUACGUGUGCGAGAUCUGCAACCAAGGGUUUCAGAGGGAUCAGAAUCUCCAGAUGCAUAGAAGAAGGCAUAAAGUACCAUGGAAGCUACUGAAGAGAGAGAAGAAAGAUGAAGAGGUGAGAAAGAGAGUUUAUGUGUGUCCUGAGCCGACUUGUCUCCACCACAACCCGUGCCACGCACUAGGAGAUCUGGUCGGAAUCAAAAAGCAUUUCCGCAGGAAACACAGUGCUCACAAGCAAUGGGUUUGCGAUAGAUGCUCAAAAGGCUACGCUGUUCAAUCUGAUUACAAAGCCCAUCUCAAAACAUGCGGCUCACGCGGUCAUUCCUGUGACUGCGGCCGUGUUUUCUCCAGGGUUGAGAGUUUCAUAGAGCAUCAAGAUACAUGCACCAUCCGGCGACCUCAACCCAGCAAUCCCCCGCGUCCUCUAAAGCAGAACACAUCGUGCCAUGCAACUCCAUCAAUAACCCUUUCGACCACAAGCAUUGGACCUUUACUCCAUGGACUUCCUAUGUUAAGGCCACCACAAGCGUCCCAUCAACAGUCACUAGCUUUCGCUUACCCUCUCGAUGCUUCAUCAUCUUCUUACGAAAGCCUUCAGCUUCAACUAUCCAUAGGAAUGGCCAAAACAUCAUCAAACCUAAAGAGAAGCGAAAAGGGAGAGAUGAGUUUACCAUUGGAGAGAGCGAAUGAGGAAGCGAGGAGAGCGGAUGAAAUGAGACAAGAAGCGAAGAGGCAGAUAGAGAUGGCGGAAAUGGAUUUUGAGAGGGCUAAGAAUAUAAGGGAAGAAGCGAAAGCCGAGCUGGAGAAAGCUCAGUUUGUUAGAGAAGAAGCAAUGGAGAGAAUAAAGACAACAAUCUUGGAGAUCACUUGUCGUUCUUGCAAGCAACUGUUCCAGCUCCCCGUUAUGGCUGAUGAAAGUAAGACGUCUCUUGUUAUGAGUUAUGUUUCCUCGGCGAGAACGGAAGGGGAAUUUGAAUGAUUCUAUACUUCUUCAUAAAUCCCCACAAGGCCGGGCGAAAGGAAAAACAUAAUGGUUUUAAAUGAAAUGAUUGUAUUUUAGUGGUUGCCAUUGUGUGGAUCCAUUUUUUACUAUAUGCAUCAUUUUCUGUGUCCACAGUAAAUUCCGAGAAUUAUUUGAAAUUUCUGUUAAAGAUCUUAUCGGUUAAAAAAAGUUAAUUAAUUUGUUUGUUUUGUAUUUAUCUGAUUUUAGGCUGAUAUUAAUAAAUAUUUUCCCAAACCAAAA